CGGGCUGGUCUGGUAGUGUGGUAGUGAGUUCUUUAAAGCUUAAAACCCUGGAGUGUAUUGAAAUGUGCCUCCUUCAAACUUGAAGCUUAUGAGGUCGCUGUCUUUUUGUAGCCAAACAAUAGAAUCAAUGUCCAGUUCGCCGUGUUCAGAGGUUUAGCAGAUUUGGGGGUAUUUUUUUUCCUUGUUUUCCUGUGUUUUUGGUAUGGAUUUUGGAGUUGUGGGUUUAGAUGGGGUGGUGGUGGGUUCAUCACACGACACAUCGGGGUUCUCUUCUCUUGCUUCUUCAGAUCCUGAAACGAAGCAGAAAUGGUACGAAUCUGGCGUUGGAUUUCUACAGAAGCAGGAGCGAUCUGGCAGUGGUGCUGCAGCGGAAGAUGAAGACUUGAGAAGCUCAAAACUGCCCAAAACUUAUGAUGACUUGUCCUCUUCUUCUUCGUCCAUUAAAGGAUUGCUUUUUCCCCACCGACAGGUGGCGUCUUUGCUCAGAUCUAAUUCCCCGUUCUUUCUCUCCGAUUCUAACCAACACCCUCACCAAAUGCUCUGUUUUUCAUCUCCCAAAACAGACCCUUUUCCUCCCGACAAGACCUCUUCUCUCUCCCGUGUCUCCCCCAAUUUCUACCAUUCCUCCGCCCCAAGAAAUGCAGGCUGCAAUUAUGGGGGUUUGAACGGCGGAAGCAUGAACGUCAGUGGUUUUAUAGGUGUUAGAGCUCCGUUCACUCCAUCCCAAUGGAUGGAGCUCGAACACCAGGCUUUGAUCUACAAAUACAUUACUGCUAAUGUCCCUGUUCCUUCUAAUUUGCUUAUUCCCAUCAGAAAGGCCCUCGAAUCUGCUGGCUUCUCGGCCUAUUCCGCUGGAUUUCUCCGACCCGGCGCCGUGGGAUGGGGAUCUUUCAAUAUGGGGUUUUCGAAUAAUAGUGAUCCUGAACCGGGAAGGUGUCGUCGAACCGACGGAAAGAAAUGGCGGUGCUCUAGAGACGCUGUUGCCGAUCAGAAGUACUGUGAACGGCAUAUGAACAGAGGCCGCCAUCGUUCAAGAAAGCCUGUGGAAAGCCAAGCUGGCCACUCCCACUCUGUUGCCAGAGCUUCCAAUAUUACCACCGCCGCCAACGCCACCAAGCUGAUUUCCUCUUCAGCUUCUGCUGCGGCGGUGCCCAGCAACGCUUCCUCCAACACCCUCUCCUUUGCUGACCAACACUUCAAGAAUCUCCAAUGCGCUGAAUCUCACCCGCCUCCCUCCACCACUGCUCAAAUCAACAGAAUGUUAAUAACAAACAAAGAGAAUGGUAGCAUUGCGUUACAUGACACACCUACCACAUCUGGUUUUUCUGUGCUGUCUCCUUCGAUUGAAAUGAAACAACAACCCAAGCAGCUUCCGUUUGCAGUUCAGAAACAGCAGAACCCUUUUGAAGAAUCUACGAGAGCAGAGUUUGGGCUUGUUUCUUCCAAUUUCCUCCUGAAUCAGUCGCAAAAGGCCUCUUCUUUGAUGAACUACAGAGGUUACAAUUCGUCAGAGGGCAUCAGUAGUACUCAUGAGGCAGCCGAAACCCAACAUUCUCUUCGUCAAUUCUUCAACAAUUGGCCCAAGAACCAAUCUGACAGCUCUUCAGUUUCUUGGUCUAACUCGAAUCUGGAUUUGCAAUCCGACAGGACUCAGUUAUCUAUAUCCAUCCCAAUGGCUACUUCGGAUUUCAGAUCCUCAACUUCAUCCCCAGCAAACGAGAAAGUCACUCUUUCACCCUUGAAGUCGUUGCAGGAGAUGGACCCUCUUCAAAUGGGAUUGGGAGUGGGGAAUGUAAUGGAUGAACCAAACAACAGGCAGGCAAAUUGGAUCCCCAUCUCGUGGGAGAGCUCCAUGGGCGGUCCCCUUGGAGAGGUUCUUCAUAGCACAAACAACAUCGGCGGGGAAUUGAAGAGCUCGUCGAUACUCAACCUGAUGACAGAAGGGUGGGACAACAACAGUCCAUCGCUAGGGUCGUCCCCCACCGGGGUUCUCCAGAAGACGGCAUUUGGUUCAUUCUCAAACAGCAGCACAGGGAGCAGCCCAAGAACAGAGAACAACAAGACUCAUGAAGGAGGAGGAGGCAGCAGCCAGUGCAGCGAUCGUUUUGUGAAUUCUUCUUCUUCUUUGCCUAGUGUUUGAGAGGAAGGCCGAAGAAGAAUGUUUAAGUUAUAAAUGUUUGUAUGUGCUGCAACAGCAGACCUUCCAUAAUAGUUUGUCAGCCAUGUUUAUUUUCUGUUUUCUGAAACUUUUUUGGUGUUCGUUUC